UGUAGGUGUAAUUAUGAAUGACGAAACAGUACACCAGCUGUGUAAGCAAGCUGUUUCCCAGAUUAGAUGAUUGAUGCGCGAGUAGGCGGAAUCCGUGCAGCUCUAGAUGCUGAAGGAUUUCAAAACGUCUACAUUAUGUCAUACACAGCCAAGUAUGCAAGUUCGUUUUACGGUCCUUUCCGUGAAGCCCUGGACUCAAAUCCACGCUUUGGAGACAAGAAAACGUAUCAGAUUGACCCAGCUAAUUACAGAGAGGCCUUGAUUGAGGCACGUGAAGACGAGUCUGAAGGAGCAGACAUUCUCUUGAGCAUAAGUUGAGCUGGUGGUGACAUGAUCUUACCUACUUGUCUGAUAAUUAGUAUAAAAUGUUAAAUAAGUU